AUGAGCUUGCUUAUAAACCACUGUGCCACUUACUAUUGUGUCAACCAGAGGCGUAAUUAUGGGAAACAUAAGGUGCCAAUCAGAAUGAGUAGCAAAUCCUCCAAAACUGACAGUCUUCAAGAAGAUUUUGUAUCUUUGUUGAAGAAAAAUAGUAAUUGCAGCCUUGGACUUAACACUAUUGUCAGUUCUAUUUCAGUCGCAAAUUUGGUGGCAAUAGACACGGCAAAAGCUGUAACCAUGGAUAAAGUACUGGAGGAGGCUGCUUCCGUUUAUACUUUGGCUGAUGGAAGCAUUGGGGACUGGUUUGGAGGUUUCUUGUAUUCAGCUGGACAACAAGCUAAUGAAGCUGUUCAAGAUCAGUUAUCAGCCCUCAGUUUCACCAGUUUGGCAGUGAUUUUUGGAGCAGGGCUUGUGACCAGCCUUUCUCCUUGUACAUUAAGUGUUUUACCGUUGACCCUUGGGUACAUUGGUGCAUUUGGCUCUGGGAAAAGCAGGGCAGAGAUUGUUGGGGAUUCUAUUGCAUUCGCUUUGGGAUUGGCAACUACACUAGCUCUUCUAGGCAUAGCAGCUUCGUUUGCUGGAAAGGCAUAUGGGCAGAUAGGACAGGGAUUGCCUUUGGUUGCUUCUGGUCUGGCCGUUAUAAUGGGUCUAAAUCUACUUGAGAUAAUUGAAUUACAACUGCCUUCCUUUUUCAACAACUUUGAUCCCCGUGCUGCUGCCGCUAAUUUUCCAUCAAGUGUGCAAGCAUAUUUAGCUGGGCUUACAUUUGCACUAGCAGCCUCACCUUGCAGUACACCUGUGCUGGCCACUUUGCUGGGAUAUGUUGCUGCAUCUAAGGAUCCAAUAGUAGGGGGCAGUUUACUCUUGACAUACACAACUGGCUAUGUUGCUCCUCUACUUCUUGCAGCUUCUUUUGCUGGAGCAUUGCAGAGCCUGCUGUCAUUCCGCAAGUUCUCAGCAUGGAUCAAUCCAAUGAGUGGUGCACUUUUGCUAGGAGGAGGUGUGUACACUUUCUUGGAUAGGCUCUUUCCACUCACGAUGGUAAUGUAG